UCCAGAGUUGUGGGAGUACAGUCCCUAGCUUUAGUGUGCCUAACUUGGAUCUGCUUGUCUGAAGCUUGUCGUUGCGUUCUCCUCUGGUAUUAGACAGAUUCAAGGGACCAUUUCUGUCAAAUUUGAGGCAAAAUGCAGACCUCAGGAAAUUAUCAACCUGUUCCCAUUGGCUUUACAGUGCCAUCAGCACCUCCUUCAUAUGAAGAGGCCACGUUUCAUCAUCCCCCAUACCCACCCCUGCAUCAAGGGAUGGAUGCAAAGAACAUGAGCAAUCCUCCAUAUAUUGUUCAGCCAGUACCUAUGCAACCUCCAGUUACAGUUCAGACGGUUUAUGUCCAGCAGGCAAUGACACUUUAUGACCGUCCAGUUCAGAUGUGCUGCAGAUCAUGUAACAGCAUGAUUACUACCCGUCUCGAAUACAGUUCUGGAGCUCUGGCCUGGUUAUCCUGUGGUGGGCUGUGCCUUCUGGGGUGUAUAGGAGGCUGCUGCCUGAUUCCAUUUUGCAUCGACUCGCUUAAAGAUGUGGAUCACUAUUGCCCAAACUGCCACGCAUUGCUCGGCUCUUAUAAACGGAUCUAAGGAAGGCACAUGUGGAACAGGAGAAUUAUUUUUACCCUUUAGACUAAAACUAUAUGAAUUCUUCUGGAUAUCUGUCUUGUCAUGCAGGAGUCUGAAUAUGUGGUGGGACUCAAAAAUAGAGCACAACGACAGAGGAACAUAUUGUUAAGCCAUAUAUGUUUAUACAACCUCCCAUAUACACUUUGUUUCAUUGCCAUGAAUGUUCAUGCACAUUCAGUACAUUUAUCGUUCCCUAGGUAUACAUGUGAUGGCAGGUCAGAAAAUGAAUCCGUUUCUUUUGUAUUGCAAGAGUGAGCAUCUUUCCAGAAGGUUAAACCUCAGGUAGUGUUUGCUUUACAGCAUCUCUGAAAUCUUUCCUUAAAUGUAGGAAACCAAUGAUAGCAUAACAUACAAGCUUUAUGGACAUAAGAUGCAUGUAUUUUUUUUUUUAGUUAGUUUGUAUAGGAAGUCAAAUUUGUAUUAGCUGGCAGCAUGAAGACACCUCUGGUAGGGGUAUGCUUCCUGUUGUUUUAAAUGGUAGCUGGUAGGUCCUGUGUGUUGAGAUCAGAGGAGAUCAAUGUGGCCAAACAGUGGAUAGAGUGCCUGUUAAUGUGUCUGUACAUGGAAAGGAAGCUGCUUUUGGAAGUAUCUUCUCUGUAACAGUCAAAAAUGUUUUUUUUCCCCAAAUUGGAUACAAAAAAAAAAUGUAUCUUAUGGCCAUAUGAAUAUAUAUUUCAUGCUAGCAUGCAUUCCUUACAUUUAAGCAACAAUGUCACUUUAAUGAUACAGGUUGAAAAUGGUCAGAACAUUUGAAUAAAGAACAGGGUAUUUUUAUAUAGCGGUUGACUGAGUUUUGGAGGUAUUUGUUGUGCUGGAUUUAUGCCAUUUUGUUAGUGCCGAAGGGGCAGUCAUCUGUUUCUGUGUGAAAGGCUCCGUAAAGGAACGAAAAAAAAACUAUUUUAUAAAGGUCCAAGAAGAGCUAUAAUUUUUGCUUGCCAAAUUAGAUUAUAUCACAUUUUGCAGAUUAAAAAAUAAUUUAGGGCAUUUUGUAUUUGUACCUUUUACAAUGUAGCCUUUUGUAUAUGCAAAAAAAAAUUUCAUGAAAUAUCCUGUGUAUAUCUUUCUACAGAUUUCCUACAGAAUAUGAGCUUUGUCUACCCUUGCUAUGAAUAUGUAUUAGAUAUGUAAAACUGACAUUCCAUUUCUAGCUAUUUAUUAAAUUGCCAUUUUACUAA